AUGCGGUCUUCUUUCCUCUACGCGCUCCUCCCUACCCUGGUGCUUGCUGCUCCUCGUCCUCAAGACAUCAAUCUGGACGCAGUUGAUGCAGCACCCGAUCCGGUCAUCGUCACUCCUGCGGUCGCUGUUGUGGCUCAGACUGCCACUGCUGCUGCAAUUGCUGCACAGACCCUCUCUGCUGCCGCCGCAAUCGCUACUGAUCCAGCCAGCACUGAUACUACUGGCAUUGAGAAGAGAGAUGAUUCGGGAUCUGUAGAUCUCGCGGCUUGCAACUAUUUUUGCGACAACACCACGGUCACGGUGUCUGCGCGCGAUACCUCUAUUGGUGGACUAGCCAAGCGAGAUGUGCUCGAAGCCCGCGGUGUUACUUGCGCUAAACAGCCCACUGGUGCUGGGCCUGUGACUAGUCCAGACACCCCGGAAGCCUUCGCGGCAAACAAGGAUCUGUCGAAGGCCGCACAGAAUGCCAUCACCCCCGACGGAUACGAUAGCGCGUUCACCAAUCUGCAAGGAGCUACGACUGGCAGCAACUUCCUCGUGCUGUACACUUUGAACAGUUAUGACACACUUACUUGUGCGUCAAGGUGUGAUCGCGACAAUCGCUGCGUUGCUUUCAACGUCUACGUCGAGAGAGACCCUAGCUUGGACCCAGACCCCGACAAGUGUCCCUCGCCUGCUAGUACCACAAACUACAAGUGUACAACCUGGGGCGUCCCGGUUUCGUCCGAGGGAGCCACUAACACUGGACAAUGGCGUGCUUCCUUCCAGAUCCUUAUGGCAGGCUCCAACGGCUACAACAAGAACGCAGCUCCCAACGCUAUCAAUGGUUUCAAUGGUCCUUACAGCUACGGUGGUGCCAUUCAAGCACCAUUGGAUGCCGAGGGCCACGAUACAUAUGUGGGCUUCAAGUACUAUCCAUUUUCACAAUCCCAGGGCUACACUCCCGGCACAUGUGCAAGUGCCUGCAAUGCUCAGACAGCCUACAACAAGGCUCACCCCGCAAAGGAUGGUUCCUACAAGACCUGCGCAUUCUUCAACUCCUACGUGUUGUCAAAGAAUGGCGUGGCACAGGGUCUCUACUGCUCUAUGUACAGCCAGACUUGGGCUGCUUCGUACGGCACCAACUACGGACAAUACCGUGGCUCAGACAGAUACACUGUAAGCGAAAGCUACGGAUACUCAACGUAUUUCAACCUGGCCGACAGCAACGGCAACAACCUAUCUCAGCGCUACAGCUCUGCUGCGUUCUAUUAUGGCACUUCGCAGCCUACAUACCAAUAUUAUUUCGACAGCAACAGGAACUUGAGAUCUUCGAGCACCGAUCUUUUCUGCCUCUUUCCCUUCCAAGGCUUGGCUUAUUCAUACUUCUUGCAGCAAUGCUCAGGCGGUCUGCAACCGGCUACUUGUACGAUUGCAAGCGGCAACCUUCAAUGUGUUGACUCGAGCGGCAAGCCAUACAAUUUCGCAGAAUAUUCUGGAGGCUACAUCGUGACCUCUCAAAGCACACCCUCAAAUCAGGUCACGGUCAAGGUGUCUCCAGUCAGUAGCUAA